AUGGCUUUUCUGCUCUGUCUUGGGCUUCUGCUGACUGAUUUGGUGACCCCGUUUGUCGGCGCGGCGAGCCCCAACCGCUGGAGCUCCAUGCCGAACCGCUGCGCCGCGGGCAGCAACUGCGUGGUGCCUGCAGAGGAGCACUGGCUCCUUGACUGGUCCCCACCCGAGCUUGCUUCGUUGACGAUCCGGGGCAAGCUGGAGUGGGACAGAGGCAUCGCUGACCUGCAGCUGACAGCUGGAUACGUGCUCGUGGAAGGUAAGGGCAUCCUCGAGAUCGGAACAGAGAGCCAGCCGAUGUCUAACCUGGCCACCAUCAACUUGACUGACGCGCAGGCGUCCCCGCACCCAACGCUUGGGAGCCGCUUCCUUGCCGGCCAAGACAAGGCAGAGAUCCGGAUGCACGGCCGGCCUCUCGGCACCUGGACUUUGCUGGCAAGGGAUGUGGCAGAGGGUGAGUCCGAGAUAGAGCUGAAGGAGGACCCCCGAACACUGUCCUGGCGGAUAGGCGACGUGAUCGGAAUUGCGACGACAAAUCGUGGCCGAACGCAGCCGUACAAGAUCGUGGAUCUCGGGCCGGCAGGCAGCAAAACAGUGAAGAUUGAUCCGCCUGCGGCGGCAGACUACUGGGGAGGUUGGCGACCGAUUCACCACGCUUCCGGUCGAUCUUCCACAGACUUCAACAAAAGCUUCGAGCUCGCAGCUGAAGUCGUCAACUUGCAGAGAUCUGUGGUCAUCACCGGGCCGCCCAACUGGGACACGGCCGAUUGGAAGGGGCUUCAUACCCUGAUGACUGGCCAUGGUUUCAUGGACGCUCGCUACGUCCGCGUGGAGAAUUGUGGGCAGCCACCGCAUCAAGGGAGAUAUUGCCUACACUUCCACUUGAUGCACCGCUGUCCCCGCUGUGUUCUCCACGGCAAUGCCGUGGUCAACUCCACACAGGUCGGCAUCACGGUCCAUGGCACGCACCAAGCCAGGGUGUCUGGCAACAUCCUCUGGAACACCAUGUCUGCCGGCGUAUAUGUGGAGGAUGGCAACGAAAUGAACAAUACCUUCGAGGAGAAUGUCCUGAUAUGCAUGCACCAGGUGCCGCCGAUCAACCCCCUGCCCUGCAACAAGGGUGACACGGGCAUUUGCCCCGAAGCUCGACGAGGCUGCACCUACGAUAUGUUCAACCAGGGCGGCCGGCUCGGCGGUUUCUUUGUUAUUGGCAUGACCAACGACUUCAUAAGGAACCGCGUUGUUAACAUGGAGAACUGCUUUUGGUUCAAAGGCACGGCAGAUCCAGCUGGCCGGGGCCAUGCAGCAGGCAAGGUGUGCCCCGUGCACCUGCCCUUGGGGCGCAUAAGCGGCAACGUGUGUCACGACAAUCGGCGCUUCGGCAUGUACCUCGACAACCAGCAGCCCCGUAUUCUUCCCAGGGAUGAGAAUGGGUUCGUGGCAGACAUUAACGAUCCAACCUCGAACUGUUUUAAUGAGGUGACUCCCGAAGGAGCCGACAGCGGCGUGGUUCCAGCCAAUGUCGUCGAAGACGAGUUGGACUGGCACAACGAGUUCGUGGGUCAGUACGUGUUGACAGAUGUCCGUUAUGUACGCUAUGUGGGAAUAAACAACAUGCACUGCAUGUACUGGAAAUCCUCGAAGAAGUUUGCGGAUCAAGGGCUCUACCAUGUGACGGACUCCAUGUGCAUUAACGUGCCCAGUGGCGGCCUAUUCUCCUGGCCUGCCGGGCAAUUCCUCGGACCUGCUGGGGCUUUCACAUUUGGCCUCAAGAAUGUCAGCUUUGUGGGCAACCCUGGUGCCAGUGGCGCCCUAUCCGCUGGGCAACACUGCAUGGAUGGUGGGGCCGGAGGACCUUGCAACGUGCAGUACCUGCUUGAGGACGUGGACUUUUCUGCCGUGUCCAAGGCCACGAAGCUCAUCCAAUUCGGGGUCAACAGCAAGCCCGAGGGCAAGGUGCUGCCGGUCUUCCUCGCACGCGAUGGCUCGCUCGGGGGCUUCCGAUCAGUUGUGAGCAGUCAUCUCGAUGGCUUCCUCGAUCAGGGAUGCGAGAAGCUGGGGUUGGACUGGGAUUCUGGUUUUGGCUGCAAUUUCCCCGUGCGGCGCCUCAGCCUUUGGACACCGGCAGCCGUGGCUGGCGACGUUCAGCUUUCUGGACCAGGCUUCACCGGGGUGGCUCCGAACUACCAAUUCCCCAGCUUCGGUGGGAAUGCCGGACUCCUUUCCUAUGCGAUGAACUACAACGGCUACGGUGCACUGGCAAUACCUGGCCGGGAGUACGAGCUGGAAGCCGAAUGGAGAGAUGGCCCCAUCGUCGACGUGGACUUCUCGGAUGGCGCCUUGCCCGGCUACUUCGGAGAUGCGGACGAGGAGGUCACGCUGAAGACAUCUCUGGGUUCAUGCACGCUUCGCUCUUCGAAG